UUGGCCUUUCUUUGCUUUCUUGGCCUAUCACACCAUGACUAGAAAGAAGGUGAAGCUUGCGUACAUCAGUAAUGACACUGCAAGAAAAGCAACCUUCAAGAAAAGGAAGAAGGGUCUAAUGAAGAAGGUGAGCGAGCUAAGUACCCUUUGUGGUGUUGAUGCUUGUGCAAUUAUAUAUAGCCCUUAUGAUGCUCAACCUGAGGUUUGGCCUUCUGCUAUUGAGGUCCAACGCGUGCUAUCUCAGUUCAAGAACAUGCCUGAAAUGGAGCAAAGCAAAAAGAUGGUGAAUCAAGAGAGUUUUCUCAGGCAAAGGAUUGGAAAAGCCAACGAACAGCUCAAGAAACAGCGCAAGGACAACCGUGAAAAGGAGGUAACACAAGUCAUGUUCCAAAGCCUGACUGGAAAGACCCUAAAUAACCUGAACAUGAUGGAUUUGAAUGAUCUUGGAUGGAUCAUAAAUCAAUACUUGAAGGAUAUUUAUAAGAAGGUUGAAACAGUUAGCAAAGAGAUUAAUCGCCAGGUGACAGCAGCACCACCACCACCAUCACCACCACCGCAACAGCUACCACCACCAUCUGGGCCAGCUCAAGCCAUUGCUGAGGUUGCACCAUCACAGCAGGCAGCAGAGAGGCAAGCAUUUGAGGUAAAUAUGGAAGCCAUGCAGAGGCAGCAGUGGAUAAUGGACUUGAUCAACCCCCAUGAAAAUAUGGGGUUUAUAGGGGAUGAGAUGAUGCUUCCUUUUGGGGAUCAUAAUCAUAAUUCUCUUUGGUCUAAUGCCUUUUUCCCUUGAAUUGGAGAUUAGGGUUCACUUUGUUUUAUUGUUCUUUGGGAGUUUUAAAUUGUUUGGUGCAUUUUAUAUCGAUGUUUGGGGAACUUGUAAUCUAAAU